GUGCACAGGGCGAUCCCACUUUUUUCGCUUGAUCUACCCUUAUCAGUUUCAUUGAUCCAGUGAUAGUUUUGCAGCUCGCGCUUUCCCCUCAAAUACUCUCACACGCCUCGCAAAAAUGAGCGACUCCAAGGCUCAAAAGUCCGCCUACGGCACUCCAUCUUCCGACACUGCUUUUCGCAAGACCUGGGAUCGUGAAGCGUAUAACGAAAAAGCCGCUGUUGACGCAGCCAAAGCGAAAGCCGAAUCCAAAGCUCGUUAUGAGGCCAAACUUCUGGGCAAGAAAUACCACGCGCCAGUUGACUACAGCACCCUCGAGGCUACAACGUCGCGUACCCAGAGACUCGAUGUCGCGUCGCUGGUAGGGAAGACAACCAUUGUACCAGCGGGCGCAGCCGUUGGCAAACGUGGCCGUGGAGCUGGAUUCUACUGUUCUGACUGCGACCUUACGUUCAAAGACAAUAUACAACUGGUGGAGCAUUUGAAUAGCAAGCAACACUUGAUCGCGACUGGUCAAAGUGGAGAGGUUGUAAGAGCCGGCGUUGAAGAUGUUCGACUGAGACUGAGAAUGCUGUCACACAAACGGAGAAUGGAGGCUGAAGAGGAAAGAAAAGCAGGAGAGCUUGACCUCAACCAAAGACUUAAGAUCAGAGAGGAAGAAGAAGAAAGGGAGAGAGAGGAGAGGAGAAGGAAGCGGAAUGAAAAGAGGCGUAAAACUGGAAAAAAUGGAGAGAAUGGGAUUAAACAAGAGGAUUCUUGGGAGGGCCGGCUUGGAAUUAUAUCUUGAACGUUGGAAUCGAGAAGCAGCCGAAGGCAUGAUAUUCGAACUAAUUACUCUACGACGAUUAAGGUCAUAUGCCUAUGAAUUCCCACGCUAACUUUAAAUAUCGACACCGGGGUAUGAUCCAAGAACGCCAAAACCAUAACUUUCAAUCGAUGCAUUCGAUCUCCUCGAGUACGGACAUUGCUCGUCCGCCUUCUCUCUCGAAAAGGCUGACCAUCCUCUCGCACUCGUUCCGGAGCUUCGAUUCUCCUUUCUUAGCA